AUGGACUACACCACCAGCAUAGAGAAGACCCUCGGACGCCUCAUCACCGCAUUUCACAUCCUACACCAGCAAGGCAUCUUCGACGAGUGCGGCCAUGUGUCCGUGCGGCAUCCGGACGACGCCACCACCUUCUUCACCAGCAACGUGCCUGCAAUUUUGGUUUCGUCGACUCGACAUCUGAAUCAGUGGAACGUGAGUGAUGGGUCUCCCGUGAUUGACAACAGACCUGCUACCGACGGACCUGCUGCCGACGGGUUUCGUGGGGCACCGCUGGCGACUUCUCCCGCUGCUACUGCUUCUGCCACGGACGGAUUUUCUGGGACUCCUGCUCCUCAUACCACCACUACCACCACCACUACCACCACCACCACUACCGCGGCCAAUGGAUGUCAGCUCAUGCACGAAAUCCCGCCACACUCGGAGCACUACAUCCACAGCUGUCUCUACGAUCGGUACCCAGCCAUCCAGAGCAUCGUACACUCGCACUGCAUGAGCGCCGUAGUCUACGGUCUGUGUAACAGCAGCGGAAGCAUGUUGCUGCCCAGCUACCAGAUGGCCGGCUUUCUGGGCCAUCAAUCGCCUAUUUUCGAUGCAGCCGACUAUUAUUCCCAGCUCCCGGCCACGCACCCGCACAAUUUGUCCAUCGACCACAAAAUCCUAGGCGACGCCUUGGCUCGGAUGUUCAGUCGGGGCCGUCAAGAUUUGGAACAGGACGAUUACGAGGAUGACGACGACGGUGUUGAUGGUGCUGAUGGUUUUGAUGGUGUCGAUGGUGUCGAUGGUGUCGAUGGCCAUGUUGAUGAUGGCGUCGACGGUGUUUAUGGCAGUGGAACUCGUCAUGGUGGUAGAGACUGGGGUGACGGUGAUAUCGACGGUGCUGCCGACCUCCCUAACCAUUGCGUCGUCUUCCAACGUGGCCACGGCUUCGUCACAUGGGCAACCAGUCUCGAGGACGCCGUGUACCGAGCCAUCCACGUGCAGCGUGACGCCGACAUCCAGACCACCGCCAUGGGCCAGCGAUCACGGAGCGAGAUUGAAGUGGUGUAUCUGAGUGACAGGGAAGCCCAGGAUUGCAAGGAGACCAUCAAUGCUGCCACCCCGGAGAACUGGUUGGCCUGGACUGUGCAGGCGGAGCGGUCGGGAAUGUACCGCAACGAGCUGGGCAAGCCCACAGACACAUACUUGCAGGUAUGA